AAAAAAAAGGUUGCAACAAAUUAUUCAAGUGCAGUAAAAUUACUCGCUGCAAGGUGUACAAUGAGUUCGUAUAAAUUUAAUGUUUAAUCAUUGAGUGUUUGAAAACCAUUUUCGAUCUGUUUCAAAGCUCAGAUUUUCGAAAACAGCGUGACAAGAAUGGAAAACAAAAUCAGUGGAUUUUGAAGAGUGAAGAUUUUAGUAGCACAAUUUAUCUUUCAUCCUGAAGAACCCGUCUGUAUAACUAACAUGCAAUAGGCGAAAUUAUGCUAUCGGCGUCAUUCAAGAUAGCAUUGCGGUUAGUUCGUAUCGUGCCGUUGGUCAUAGAACAUCCUAAGGAUGACGUUUACUAUCCCCGUGAAUUUGGUUUAUCGCUUUUGAUUUCGUGAAACUACAUGCGUUGGCCUUGAACACUCGAGGCAGAAUUGGAAUAUACGUCGACUGAACAACCGCUCAACCAGAAUGAAACUUCCGGAUUGGAUAAAACGUGCCCCAAAAUCAAAUGUGGGUGUGAAGAGUAUCAAGAAAACCCAAAGUAAGAGUGACUAUCAAUCUUCGCAUCGCCAUAGAAGAAAAUCCAGUACAACUUCUAUGAAAGGAAAGAAAAAGCGGAACUCAUAUGUGUCAUCGUCUAUAACAACCAAAAAUUUCUAUCCUGUGGAACACUUUUUGAAAACUAGUUCCGGUCUCAACGGUUACAGUUGUCAGCAUACAAAAACGCUACCAGCUUAUCAUAAAGGGUACAGAAAUCGUAACGACCUGUACUCAUUGAUAGCCCCUGAUGGACGUCCAUGUGAAAAUGUUUUAGCCGCAUCCGCAGACUUAUCUAGACCAGUUGUGAACGUUAUGGAUUAUGGACCCCACCGACACUUUGUACAGCGCGACUGUUUUCCCGCCGAAUCCUCGAAAAUGAUGCAAAGACAGUUCACUGAUAACCAGUGUUUCGGAAUGAAUGUGAAUCCAACGGCAACGAUGACGAUAGACCGUAGAUUUACACCCACUUCUAGAGCAUUUGCUGAUAAUUAUCUGACAACGCUGCCCAGGGCGAGCCAGAUGCCUGUACCCUUGAAUGAACACUUCAAUACGCGUAAGCAAAACUGCCAACAAAGAAUGUGCAUGCCAGACAAAAGACAUGUAAUCAAUCAGCCUUCAAACGGAGAUGGAGAUCAAAAGAUGAAGGAAACAGCGAUACCUGGCGCCCAUUUUAAUCAAAAACAAGCACAGAUUAUUCCAACCGCUGCUUCCGGCAUAUGUGUCAAUAGAAAUGAUAGUUUCAGGCGAUACAGGAUUCCAUCCCCAGCAGCAAUCAUUGGUAUGAUAAACGAUAGAUAUAUCAGCAGCAGAAAAAGACCCAAGAGCGAACGUACUUCAUGGGAUUAUAGCACUGUUACACUGUCACGAGUACCCGGGUAUGGAUUCGGCAUUGCUGUUUCCGGUGGUCGCGACAAUCCGCAUUUUGCAAACGGUGAUCCAUCAAUAGCCGUGAGUGAUGUACUCAAGCAUGGGCCUGCUGAGGGACAGCUACAGGUUAAUGAUCGAAUCAUAUCGGUCAAUGGAAUAUCGUUAGAAAAUGUAGAGUAUGCAACGGCCGUGCAGGUGCUGCGUGAUAGCGGCAAUACUGUCACGCUGGUGGUGAAGAGACGCGUACCAAACCAUAGUCUGAUGCAACCCACGGGCGGCAGCAGCGCCAUUCCAGGGGGAACUUCUCACCAGCAUCAGCACAGCCUAAGCUCGACCGGUAUCGUCUUAGGCUCGUUAGGCAACAAUGGAUCUCAGCAGCAAAUCAAAGUGAUUGUUACUAAAGCAAGCAAAAAGGAUGAUUUCGGCAUCGUUUUAGGAUGUAGACUAUUUAUUAAGGAAAUUUCGUCCAAGACGAAAGACCAACUGGUUGCGAAUGGUUAUACUCUACACGAAGGAGACCUUGUAACAAGGAUACACAAUACCAACUGUAACGACUCAAUGAGCCUGAAGGAGGCGAAAAAAAUCAUGGAUGGCUGUAAAGAAAAGCUGACGCUGGCCGUUUUACGCGAUUCUACCACUGCAACGUUGAACACCGGUAUGGGCGGAGGAAACAGUUCGGGCAUGCAAUCGCCCGUGUAUUCCCAUACGGCGCAAGUAUCAAACUGCAGCAAUAUGGAUGAAAGCUAUUUGAAUGGAAAUGGUGGGGGCUCGUAUUCGGGACAAAAUUUAUACGUUCAACCACCGACGCGACCUUCAACUAUGAGUACGUUACUAGUUGAUGAUAAAAGCAACCUCACGCCACGGGGUAGAUCACGUGGUCCACUAACAGAUAUUUCUUUACAACAACUAGACAGACCCAGUACGCCACCGGGAGCGACCAGCAGCAGAGGAACCGAAGGACCAUCCAAUAGUGGUGGACAUACACGGUCACGGAGCAUAAUCGAUGAACCGCCACGACCACCUCCUCCUAGAGGGGAAGAUUUUUACAGCACGAGACGUCCGUUGCACGAUGACAAAACUACUUCGGAGCCACGUUACAUCACAUUCCAGAAAGAGGGCUCCGUUGGUAUCCGAUUAACUGGCGGCAAUGAAGUUGGUAUUUUUGUAACGGCCGUUCAGCAGAACAGUCCAGCUGCUGCGCAAGGACUUGUUCCCGGCGAUAAUAUACUGAAGGUGAACGAUAUGGACAUGAAUGGGGUAACCAGAGAAGAAGCGGUGCUGUUUUUGCUCAGUCUACAAGAUCGCAUCGAUCUAAUUGUGCAGUACUGUAAAGAGGAAUACGAUAAUAUAACUGCGCAACAAAGAGGAGAUUCGUUUCAUAUCAAAACCCAUUUCCAUUGCGAAAAUCCAUCGAAAGGCGAAUUGUCCUUCAAAGCAGGGGAUGUAUUUCGGGUGAUAGACACGCUGUAUAAUGGUGUCGUAGGUGCAUGGCAAGUCUUACGGAUCGGCCAUGGUCAUCAAGAGUUACAACGGGGUGUAAUACCCAAUAAAGCACGAGCAGAAGAACUUGCGACGGCUCAGUUCAACGCCACGAAGAAGGAGAUGAACGCUUCAGAGUCAAGAGUCAGUUUCUUUCGCAGACGAAGGUCUACACAUAGACGCUCGAAAUCUUUGUCGCGGGAAAAUUGGGACGACGUUGUCUUCUCGGAUUCCAUUUCCAAAUUUCCAGCAUAUGAAAGAGUGGUCCUACGGCAUCCUGGCUACGUACGUCCAGUUGUCUUAUUUGGACCGGCCGCUGAUAUCGCUCGUGAAAGACUUAUAAAAGAUUUUCCCGAUAAAUACACUGCUCCGUUACAAGAUGAUGAUAAAGGUUCAUCGAAAAGUGCUGGUAUAGUGCGGUUAUCCAACAUCCGCGAUAUAAUGGAUCGUGGCAAACAUGCUCUGCUAGAUAUCACACCUAACGCUGUUGACCGUCUAAACUAUGCGCAGUUUUAUCCGAUCGUCAUCUUCCUGAAAGCUGAUACUAAACAUAACAUAAAACAACUGCGACACGGUUUGCCAAAAUCACAACACAAAAGUAGUAAGAAACUUUUCGAACAGUGCCAAAAACUAGAACGCGUCUGGUCACAUAUAUUUAGUGCGACUAUCAACUUGAAUGAUCCGGAUUCAUGGUAUAGAAAACUGCGGGAUUCCAUCGAUCAGCAGCAAAGCGGUGCUGUUUGGAUGUCCGAGACAAAGCCAGUAGAGUCCUUGUCCGACGAUUUUCUGUUCCCUAUGACCACUUCCCGACUCUCCUACGCCUCAAGUCCGGAAUCGGAUCUGGAACUUAGCCCGGGACCAUCGGCCUCAUUAUCAUUGGGCAACUUACCGCAAUUGGUGAAGUCAAGCUCUGAUCCUUCGAUCGCCACUAAUCAGGAUAACUUGGAUAGGGAUAGAGAACUCGGUGAUGGAAUGCCACCACCAUAUACGAAUCCAUACGAGCAUUCGGGCCAUCCUCGGCGUAUGACUGUUGACAACAAGUACGGGUUUUCUUCUAAGGGUAAUAUAGGAGCACAGUUACAACCUGAGGAUGCCAUCUAUGGUUCCUCAAGACCUCCGCCACCAAUACAACAUCCUAACUCGGGGUCAAGUCACUUUGUUCCAGAUUUACCACCCCGGAUAGAUCGAGCAUCGAAGCCAUCCAAUAACACCACCUCCAGUACUCCUGCUUCGUCUCUGCCAUCGCGAAAUUCUAGCACCGGAGGCACCCUUGGUCGUUCGGCUCAGGAGCGACUUUUUGGUGCUAAAACCUCUACGGAUAAUCUAGAUCUUACGGAAGACGACUACGCCACUCGGAGCCAAUUACUUGGAGGUGCUGUUGCUGCCGCGGAUAAGCGGGAAGCCGUCAGCAAUGGAAUCAAUUCGCUCGAGCGAAUACAAAGUUCGUCGGUAGAACGGGCACGGCUGGGCUCCGGACCGCCGGUCCCCUCGGCCAAUCCAAACACGACGAGUAAAACCAAUGGAUCGUACGAUAGUGUAUCGAGCUACGACACGUACAACACGUCGCAGCUGACGGCGCAGAAUAUGAGGUUAGGACCCAAUGCGCCCGAUGAUCUUAAAUCGGUGCCGAACGGACGAAAUGGCGCAAACUUACCACCGAAUCCAACGUCUGUAUCAGAUUAUACUCGCAAUUUACCCAACAACGAUUUGCUGAUGACCCCACCACGGAGCGGUCAUGUGCACUCCGAAAGAACGAAUUCCAAUGGUACGCAUGAUGUGGCAAUGAAUAAAAACUCUGGAGAUCGGACGAUGGUCCCACAGCGGCCUAUGAAUUUAGCCCUCGACAGCCCGAGAAAGCACAUCAUGGAAACGAAAACCGACUAUGGGAAAUACAGCCGUAACAACUCAGCGUCGCAAGCAGAUUACUCCAAAACAAAUAAAGUGCCGCCGCCACUGUUAGGAACGCCUCCAGUUAAUGGAACCAACGGCGGGGUGCCGUUCAAACCAGUUCCGCCACCUAAGCCGAAAAACUACAGACCCCCGAUAGGCGGAAACAAUGCUGCAUCUGGAAACGGCGGUCAUAUGGGCUCUGGUCAAUGGGAUAAUGGGGAACCAGUCUCCCCUCGAUCACCUAAUGGAUUCUACUAUCCACCUAUGUCAUCGCAUUACCAUCAGGGCAUUGCCCAUAACGUUCCAAGUUCACCCAAUAGUAAUCAUAUGAACACUAGCGGCAAUCAUCCUUCACAAAUGCAUGCGUAUAAUCAAUUUAGCGGAAAUGCAUAUAGUGGAGGUUACAAUGGGAAUAGUAACGGUGGUCAGCCGCAUUAUAUCAGGAAUCCCAACCAAGAUGCCGGAAUGGGCCCUUACGGAAAUCCUUAUGGGAAUAAUUAUCUACAUCGAGGUGGCGGGGUGCCCAAUCAUGUAACAGGAAACAUGCCGUCAAUGCACUCAUCAGAACGACAUCCUCUGGAUUUAGCUGGUAGUCGAGAGCAGCGUGGAUCGGCGUUUGAGUUGUAUCGAAAACCUCAGCUUGGUACCGCAGGGCAUCAUCACAAUUUACGCGAAAUGGAGCCAAUGAUGUCGAUACACGAAUUUAAUCAGCACCAACAGAAUCUAAUGUACCAAGAAAACAUUCGACAGCGGCAGAGGCAGCCACUGCCUUUUAUCCCGGGAACAUCCGGGUAUUCCAACGUUCCACCAGAACUCCCCGCGAAGCCCCCCAAAAGAAGCAUGCUGAAAUCUCCAUUGAAAGCGAUCAAAAACGUGUUCAUGCGGUCAACGAGACCACUUCGUAGACAGGUAAGCCUUGCAGAGGCGGAUAAAAAAUUGCGACCCAUCUUGAAGCGACAGCAUUCGAUGAUGGAACCACGAUCGACACGAAUGAUGGACACACGAUUCCAAGAGCCUCUAUAUGAUCCCCGUCAGUAUUACACCCAGCAGCACUACUAUGGCGACGCCAGGCAUAUGGUGGCGCCACCUCCAAUUCCUAUGCAAGGUUAUCAAAGACACGAACCGUAUAAUCCCAAUGACCCUAAUAGCACCUAUCAAAAUCUAGAAACUGAAUCGAUAUAUGGCAAUUAUGCUGGCCCUUCAUAUUAUGACCAAGAAAACCUGUACGCGAAUAGAGCACUGAUUGAACUGGAACGUUCCCGUCCGCCAGCCACGGGGCCAAGCACAACCGGACGAAGAAUAGUUCGCCGCCAUAGCAUGGCCGAUAGACACGCUGCAUCACCUAGCUUUAGUCAUAUGAAUCGACGAAUGAUGGGUUCGGGAAACCACCGCGUGGAAAUUAAUACUUCCCUAAAGGGUGAAUCUAUCUACCAGAGCAGAAGCGGUUCGUACCUGUACAACGAUGCGCACGAUUCAUCGCAACGUGCACUAAACGAACCUGUGUAUCAGUCCAGGAAGGAGAUGCAUAGAGAUCAUCUCUAUCAAAGUAAGAAACAGAUGCAAGAUCGAAUACAGCAAAGUCGGCUGGAGAUUCAACAGAAUCAGCAACAGGAGCCGAGUGACUCUUCGUGUAGUUUGAAUCGGAUGAGAGAUUCCGCUGAAUCAAGUUCGAGUUCGACUCAUUCCCCCGGAAACUCUAUAUACUCUUCUCGUAAAGAAAUGAAGGAAAAGGGGAUAAAACCUCGCACUCAAUUCAGAGAUCAGAUCAAUCAGUCGAGACGCGAAGCAAUGGAAUCUAUGGCUGAACCUGAUAUCGUUUUGAAACGGGAAUUGAAACACGAACCAAUCUAUGAAUCUAAAAAUGAGAUUGAAACGACGUCAUCUUUGAACCUUAGUAAGUUGCAGAUAAGUGAGAAUAUUCUAGAACUGAAUAUAAGAGAAGAUGACCCAAUGAAUAGAACAAGCAUCGAUUACAUUACGAGGGAAGAUGACACACGCGCUAGCAAUGAGAACGAUCUAAAAGGGGAUGGGGAUUUUUGCAAAGCUGCUCCUCUUGCCGUUUCGGAGGAUGACGAUGAAGAUGAGACUCUUACCAGAUCGAACGCAAACGAAUCCGAUCUACAGAAGGAAGCUGCUGUCGUUUCGAGUCAAAUGAAAGUAACUACUCCACUCAGUUCGCGAUCUACACACAUUUCCAACUUCCUGAAACGCACGGCACCACCGCCUCCAGCAUUCCAACCGCCACCGCCGCCGCCGGCGCCAGCGGUAUCCAAAGCAUCACCAAUUAGCACCACACCGGCGCUUAGUAGCCCCCCGGUGCAAGAUAUGUACACGAGUAGAACAUCAAUCGAAACUCAGUAUACCUCACAGAUGAGUCUUCCGAUUGGACCCCCGAAUGCUCACAGCACACCGUUUGCCAGUGAAAUGUCAAUUGGCUUACCACCGCCGCGACAACCGAUCACCAGACGGGGAGUGUUCGAUUCAUCGGGGGGUACCCUGGCGGACCACAUCUGGAACGUAUCGCUGCAAAUCCCUCCGGGUGCCAUUCCGACCGGCGUCAAACAGGAAAUCUAUUUCACCGUAACGGACCCACGAUUGAGUGAAAGUGUUGGUGGCCCACCGUUGGACAUGGAAAACGGUGAAACAAUGCUUUCGCCACUAGUUAUGUGCGGCCCACAGGGGACGGAAUUCCUGCAGCCGGUGACACUCAACAUUCCGCACUGUGCCAGUCGCACUGCAUCGCUUGGACUUUCACUGAAGGCGACGGAUAGUGAGAAAACCUUACAGACAGACUGGGACAACAUUGAUCUGCCAACCAAUGCGGCGGCGCAUACCGUCUCUGUCAAGGUGGAUCAUUUCUAAAAUUUCGUGUUAGAAGCAUUAGAAGGAAUCUCUUUUUAGUUCUAAGAUGUACAGAUAUACUAUCUCAGUAUUGCAUAGUUACUCAAAACUUUUAUUUGUGCCUUCAAAUUGAUUAAAUAGGUAAACAUCGUGAGGAUCGUGUAAGUAUAAUCGUUUGAGUUGUUCCAAUUGCCAUCAAAACUAAAACAUCAACCUUAUAUGACAUAAUAUAUUUUAUAUUGAAAAUCAUUGCCAUUACGACACAAGUUUGCACAUAGUCCAAAUUCCUAGCUCUUUAGUUGUAUCUAUAUAAGUCCAGUUUUCAAAUAAUAAUCACUAAAUAAAUUUGAAAAACAUCAGCAACUUUUACAUUACACACACACAUACUCCCGUUAUCGAUUUAUAUGUGCGCCGGUAUAGUCAUGUACUAGCAUAUUUGUGGACAGCACAAAACGAGAAUGUAAGAUAGAUACUAUUGGAAUACGCAUGUAAAUUAUACUAAAUUUGCCACGGUAGGUGCAGAAUAUAUGGUUUUGUAGAAUA